AUGUACACCGAUUGCGUUAUUAAUUAUAUACAGGGAAAAGCCCAGGAGGAAGUGCUGGAAGAUGCCUUCGAAGAAUGGAAAGCGGACCAAGCGAAAAGACAGGAGGAUUUGAUCGAAUUCAUCGACGAUUUCAUCGAAUCCGAUGAGUACAAGGACUAUCUGGCCUUCAAGAGCCGUACCGUGAAAACCGACGCUGCAACUCAGUACUCCAAAACCGAUGCGCACGAACGAGCGAAGAAGAGAAAACAACCGGAGAAAUUGUACCCUCUCACGCUGCACUCGAAGAAAAUGUUCGCUUUCAUCCGAAAAUUCAACAAAUACUUGGAGAACAGCAAGAACAAAGAAGCGCUGCAGAAGCAGUUGCGAGGAAUCCAGAUCAUCAAGGACAAAAUCGAGGAUUUGAAGAGGUACACUGUACUAUACGCGGAAGAUAUCCGAGAGCGCAAAGAAAGGGAAUUCUGCGAGCUGCUCGACGAGUUCGGCGAGACGUUCCAGAUCGAUUGGAGCAAAUUAGUGUCGAAGGACAGAAGGACCAAGGAGCGGAUGGUGUCGCUGAGCGUCGCCCUGCGCUCUAGGUGCCUCGACAGGAAGAGGGCAUACGCGAAGAUCGCCAAGAAGAUCGCCGAGGAACUUCGGAAGGAGAAGCUCCAGCGCAGGGCUUUCGUUUACAAGGUGGAGAAGGACGAAUGGAUCGUGGACGAUUUGGAAAUCGUAGGAGUGGGAAUUAAGCCGGCGGAAACGAAAGUUUCUUCGACCAAAACAGCCGUUCCUGUGAAAAUCACUCAAAGCGACGUCGAUAAGAACGAUUGGUCUGUACUUUCGAGCACCAUGCUGUUUCCUGAAGAUGUACGCAAUACGAGCGUCAUUAGUACGUCCUCUGCUGCACAGAAAUUGAAGAAAACGGCCAGUAAGAAAAUAAUCGAACUAGUCACGCCCAUACCGCAAGUGACGAAUACCAGGAAGAAAUUGACCGAAAAUUUCUCCCAAAUCACGGACCUGAUACAGCAGUUUAAGGACUUCGACGAAAUGUUGGAGAACAAAUACUUAAGCAGCCAGUCGAAUCGAGUCCAACCGUACAAAACCGACGAAUGUUUCUUGUGCAAACCGGCCGCUAUAAUUUUUAGCAAUUACGACGAAGGCAAAGAGUGCAGAAAAACCCUGAGAAUCCAAAACGUUUCGUUCGAGACGAGGAAGUUCAGGUUAUCGAAAAUCACUUCGGAUAAUCCUUACGUGCUCCCGUUGUUCAACGUCGAGCCGGUGCUGCAGAUCCAGAAAGUCGCGCCCGGUAGAACCGUGAUCGCCUUCGUUCGCUUCUUACCGAAAGUAGAAACGUGCUUCUACGAGGCCAAAAUCGAGUUCGUCUCCUUCGACAGGCCCACGCAGACCCACCAGCAGUUCUCGGUCGAAAUAAAAUGCGUCCCCAAAAUGAUCGAGUUCACCAUCAGCACCAACGACUUGUACUUCGGCCGGAUUCCACUCUGGCAGAAGAAAUCCGGAUUCAGGACAAUCACCCUGGCCAACAGAGGACACCUGCCUUGCAGGGCGAUUAUCAAAAAAAUCGCCGAUCCGCUCGACGACGAGGAGCAGGAGGAGGCGAGCUACAACGAACUGGAGCCCUCGUACACGAACAUCGUCAUCCGCGAAAUCAUCGAGGAGCUGCUGGACCACAUGUCGGACAGCUUCGCCUUCGAGAGCACCUGCGUGCAUUUGCCCAAGGAGACCUCGCGCACCGUCAAAGUGCAAAUGAAGAACUUCUCGCACGUGGGGCACUACUUCGAGAAGCACGUCGUGGAGGUGUACAAUGGCGACCACAACAUCAUCGGAACCCGCGAUAUCCUCCUUCACGGCGAAGUGGUUGGUCAUUUCAUUUGCACCAAGCAGGACGAGGUAGAUUUUGGUUUUUGCAUCAUCAAUUCCGCGUACCAAACACAAUUGGACAUUGAAAAUAAAUCCUCUUCCACGCAAACCGUUGUUAUUAAGUACCCAUCGGCGUUAGCGGAUUACGUCAAAACCAGCGUAUCGAACGUGUUUCUGCCAGCAAAGAGUACGAGAAGCGUGUGGAUUAAACUCUUCCCAAAGAAAAAAAUCACGAGUUGCCCGUACUUCAAGCCGGAAUACUCGAUAUUGGAGUUCCCGCUGCAGCUGUGCGUCCCGUCCAAUCAGUUCUCGAACGUGGCCCCGGUGAAAGUGAUGACCUACGCCAUUGUGACGAAUUGCACGGACGUGUCGGUGACGCCGGCGGCCAGCGAAAUGGCCAAAAUGGACCCCGACGGGGUGCUGCUGGAUCUGGGCGAAUGCACGGUGUACGAAACCGUUACGGCCGAUUUGGUCGUGGAGAACAAGACCUUGACCCCGCAGAUUUACGGGUUCUUGGACCUUCCGAAGUGUUUAACAAUAACGCCAAAUUACGGUUUCGGUUUGAUAAUGUCCGGCGCGAAGAAAAUUCUCAAAUUGCACUUUCAUCCGGACUACCAGGAUCUUCUGAAAAAAUUCAACGAAGACAAAUCCGAUGAUUUUACGCUCAAGUUCAAGAUUAAUCUAGUGACGCUAUUUAAUGUCCGUUUGGUUACAAAACCAAUAGAUCCAAAGGUAUUGCGUCGUCUGAUAAUGAUCAUGCUGAACGAAAUAAGGCAUUGCGAAAACCAGCAAUUAAUCGAAGACAUACUUUACUGCCGGCAAACCAUAAAAAUCGAAUUAUAUCCAGACUCCGAAUACACCCCUUACGUUAAUUCUCUAUCGAUGACAUCGCAAAAUCUGACCAUGCUGCAAUUCGAGCAGGAGCACGGCGAGGACUUCGAAGAGUACCAUUACCCGUCGGAGGUGAACCUGAGCGAAUUCAUCAACAGCAGCAUCACCGUACAGUCGAAGGUCGUGCAGCCUUGGUUGAGAACCUCGGUGCAAUACGUGGAGUUCCCCGACGUGCCGUACAGCUCCUACAGCAUGGCCGACUUCGAGCUGCGCGCCUUCAACAGGAAAUUCCCCGAGGAGACCUGCGUGGUGCGGAAGAGGGACAACCGGCUGCCGGCCUUCGAGGCUUGGUUCAAGAUCACCAGCGACAACGACGACAUCAGAGUCGAGCCCAGCUGCGGCAUAUUGAGGAACGGCGAGACCCGUAGAAUAUUUAUCAUAGUUCAACCGACGGUGUCCGAGGAUGUGGUCGCGGAUUUCGCGAAGUCCAUCAAAUACGCCGAAAUCUACGCCAUGAAAAUGGAGCAAUUCGAAACCAGCAGAAGAUCGGAUAAAUUCAAAAAAAGCAAGACGUUGACGAAGAAAUUUAAAGGCGGUUCUCUACUUUCGACAGAUAGAGAAACGUCGAUCAGCGAAGCCAAAAUUCACAUAUCGGACUCGCAGCUGCAGCUCUCGCCCGAGGAGUACUUCCCCGCCGAGAUGUGCUACUGGAGGAGCCUGCAGCCGUUCGUGGUCAAUUCGAAACUGACCUGCCACGUGAGCUACGAGUGCAAGAACGCCUGCAGGGCUAACGACCGGCUACACGUGGACGUGGUUUACAAGGUGGUGCGGCCGGAUUUCAUACUCAACAACGUCACGUCGCAGAGAAUUGACUUCGGUAACGUGAUCUUGGGCACGAAAGGGGUCCAGCACGUGAUGGUGCAAAAUAUAAAAUAUGAUCCGAUUACGAUUAAAUUAAGCCAAUUGGACCCGACCGGUCCGUUUAGAGUAGCUUAUAUAAAAAACUUCAAGAUCCCGCCCGAAUGCCACCUGAAAAUACCCAUUUACUUCGAACCAACGCAACAGGACAAACAGAUAGAGGAAUACCUGGAGAUAAGUUCUGGUAAAACGGUAAUACCGCUGGUAAUAAACGGUACAGGGGUGGCAUACGAUUUGGAAUUUGUGCCCCAAUUCACGGUGUGCAGGAUGACGGAGGCGACGCCGAAAGCAUGCGAUGAAUGCAGUAUUAAAGUGAACAAUAACAGCGAAGGACCGGUUACGUUGAAAUUCGACAAAAUAUUAGAAAUAGAAGAGAAAUUACCGCCCAAUGACUCCUCGGAGAAAAUUUCUGGAGACGAUAUCGUAGCGAACAAUAGCGCUGUUAAAAGAGAUAAAUAUUUUAAAAGGUUUUCGAGCGAACUCACCGAAUUCGAGUACACCUCCUUUGUGGAUUUUAAUAAGAGCACUGAAAAAUUCUUCGAUGUCUUGGCUGAAUCGAGCACGAUCACUAUACCCGCAAAUUCGUGUGUAACAGUAAAUAUAGGAUUUGGCAAUGAAGCUACGUUAUUGGAAAAAAAGGAUAUCAAGAAAAAAACUAAGCCUAAAAUGGAGGGGAAAUUACCGGCUGAUAGAACGCAAUAUCACGUGGCGAAAUACAACGUUUACAUGGAUAAAACUUUUAUUAAGGAUUUUAUUUUUAUAGGUAUACUGAAAUUAAAUGAGGUUUAA